AUGGAAGAAGCUAUACGCGAUACAGCAGAACUGCGGCUUAAGUGUCAGUCGCUUCUGGACGAUCGCGAACGAGUUGAAUCCGAGCUAGACUCAGAAUUAAAUAUUGUGAAUCAACGCUGUGUGCAUCUCAGAACACAUUGUGACCGAUUAUCAAAUGAGUUGACUAAGCUCCGCAAAGAAUGCAAAGUGGCGGAAUGCCGUCUAUCUUCUCUGAUUGAGGAGAACGCUUUGCUCAGAGGAAAGAAUGUGGGCGGAUCGGCAGAGGAAUUGGAUACAAAUCAGAUCCAAAAAAUUCUGGAAGAUCAAAGCCAUCUAAUAGCCGCUCUUAAAGAAGAAGGAAAGCUACUUUUGCAACAACUCGCAGCAGAAAGGAAAGAGAAUAAAAGUAAAGUAAAAACAUUGAAAAAAGAAAACCGUGAAUUGGAAGAUCGUCUUCAGAAGUUGCUUACGUUAUGA